AUGAUCACAGGCAUAGCACACAUAAACCUCCUCGUCCCAAUCGGAACCCUCGACCAAGCCGAAGCAUUCUACGGCAAAACCCUAGGCCUCACACCAAGACCCGGUCCAGAGGGAUGGGCAGGCCGACUAGCUUGGUUCGACAUCGGCACCUCAGGCCAACAAGUGCACAUCGCCUUCGGCGAGAAUGAGAAUCUGAAAUCAUCUCGACACCCCUGCUUCAAGAUCGAGUCUCCCGGUGCGCUUCAAGAGCUCAAGCAGAAGGUAUGGGAGCAUCAUCUGAAAGGCGACGCCGCAGGGCCGAAAGAAGCGGAUGAACCUGGAGCGCAGAAUUCAGGGAAUCAGGGGAAGGGGUAUCCUACUCGGUUUUUUGCUCGGGAUUAUGCUGGUAAUAGGUUGGAGUUCAGUCUGUGA